AUGGAGGAAGGUCAAGUCCAUCUUUUGCGAGUCUGUCCUGGAGGCCCAGAGGGUGAUGGUACGCUUUCAGAUAUCCUAAGCGACAGGCGCAUGUCCGACGAAGAAGUGCGAGGGGUUGCCUCGAGCUACAGCCACAUGAGCAGGUUCGUCUUCCCCACACGGCUAGGCUGGGUCAAAAGCAAUGGUGUGUGUCUGUAUGCCAUCGACGAUCACAAACCGUACGAGUACGAACUGAGGCAGGUCCCUGAAAAUGUGAGGGAUUGGGAGGAGACUGCGACUGCUUUAGCUUGUGGGGUGUUGGUAAAUGGUGUGGUCUAUGACCCUAACCAGAUGCUUAAGAUUAGGCAGCGUUUGGGCGAGGACCGUCAUCGUGAGAUUAAUUUGAGGUUUAGGACAUGGGGAAGUAGUGUUAAUGGCCUCUGGAUUGGAGGCACAGCCGAAUUUGAGACCGAGAAGAGAGAGACUGGAAAGACAAAGAACUGGGAGACCGAUACUGAAUAG